AUGACUGAGCUAGCGACUCAGGACUCGGGAAAAGGCAGAAGACUCAGCCGGGUUAUGAAACCCCUUUCAAUAUCUGUACCCGAACCAUCAAAACACACUGAACCGGUACGCUCUAGAUCCAGCCUAUUUAGGGCGGAAGCAUUUGUAAAGCUUCCAUAUGACAACUUAGAAGACGCCCACAAAUAUUACGAGUCAUCCAUGGCGACCCUUACCAACGUGCGACUCGGAGCACUGAAGCAGCGCUAUGAUAAUGUUUUAGCAACGCGGUUUCCCCUUAAAAACCGCUACACCAACAUCUUUCCAUAUCUGCGCACCCAGCCAAUUGCGCUCUAUACGGAUAAGUUUAUGAUAAACAGCUCGACGGUCUCCAACGAAAGCACGGAUAGUUCCUUGGCUAGCAAUGGGACGUUUUUAGAUGAUAGUAACAGCUUUACAAACAUGUCAUCUUAUCGACAGUCAAUUAGCUACAUCAACGACAAUGAGGCAAACACUGAGUCCAAGAGCCCUUCCGCCGGCACUUCAAUAUUGCGUACGUGUGGCUUUCCCAUGGUGGUGCCAAAGCAAAACCAGUUGGGAAGCCCCCGCCAACCAGAAGACAUGUCACUUAUCCCUCCGACUCCAUGCACAGCAAAGGCCCUUUCUCCCGAGGAGCAAGAAACAGAGCAGAUCUACCUACGGCUUUCAAGAACCAACUUAAUGAUCCGCUACUUUAAUGGGAACAUUGUCUCUCUGAACAACUUCACAUUUCUAAUCACUCAGGCGCCCACAAUCGCGUCCAUGGCUGACUUCUGGUAUGUAGUAUUCCGUCUAAAGGUGGUCUUUAUUGCCAACCUCACUAGGUUCAUUGAUGAUGAGCGACCCAAGGCCAUCCGCUACUGGCCGUUAUACAAGAGCAAGGAGCACGACCCGAUUUAUACCGACUCUGUCACAGGGUCAUAUAUGCAUUAUGCGUACCAGAAAGCGCAGGAUACAAACAACCCCCGUGCUGGGCAAAUGUUCAAGCAAUUCAUCGCAUAUAUAAAGACCGUCCAAGAAGAAAUUCCGGAGGACUCUCUAUUCUGGAACUGCACGCGAAUGAAGCUUCACAUCAACGCUGUUAUAAGCGAGGAUGCAAUAGCAAAAUCAGACGCAAUAGGAUUUUCUAGCGAACCGAUAGAUGCUGCAGAGGUCGAAGACGACGAAGGGGACGACCCUCUUUCUACCAAUUUGUCCGGCGGAAAUGUGAACUUGCUCUCUUCGCCUCUACGUGCCGGGAGUACAAAGCUUGCCUCUUCAGAGAAAGGAAAUAGCCAGCCCGACGGGGCUUCGCGGACUACUACGAUUAACCAGCAAAUCACUCUGGGCUGCGUUGCGAUGAAGCGCUACAGAGAUCAAUUUAUCGGAUAUAAAGUAGGUAUUAAGUGUAGCAAGGAAGUACACUACAGCAAGUUAUACUACUACGGACUGUGGACAGACUAUUCUAUUCCAGAUAAUUUCGAGAUCAUCUUUCUGUUCUCCGUCGAGGCUCUACGCUACAAGAAUCGGGGUCCUUUGUGUAUCCACUGUAGCGCUGGCGUGGGGCGCUCCUCAACCUUCGCUAUCUGCAUCGUUAUUACGAACAUGCUCAUCAAUAACUUCAAGCCCGGGCAAGAAUUCGUGAAGAAGGAGGACGUAAGAGAAGGAAAGGUCUGGCGAAGCUUUAAGCCAUCUAUUCUUGAAAUGACUGAGAUACUUCGCGUACAGCGUAAUCCGCUUUGCGUUCAGACGGUAGAUCAAUUCAUUUUCCUCCACGACUAUUGUAACUUUGCCUACGCUAAGUUGAGGGGAUCUUUCGGUACCUCUGAGUGA